AUGGUAAAGAUUACAAAUCAACCAGUUGACUCACUCAUGUCCGUACGACCGUCGGUGAAGUUUUCAGAGCACGUUGUAACGACAAGCAAGCCCAUCGAUGACCGGCUGUGCACGGCCUCCGGCGACCCAGCAGAUAAUUUGAGACGAAAGGUCGUCAGGAUCAUACAUACCGACGCCGAUGCCACUGACACCUCCGAUGACGACGAUGAAGUUACUAAAAGGACACGGAGAGUGAAGAAACACGUCAGAGAGAUAAACCUCAGGCGUCCUCCUAAAUCAUCACCAAAGAGUGAUCAAGCCAAGAAGCGAAGCUUCAAAAGCUUGGAUUCGCCGGAAACUGAUGUCACUCGUCGGAAAAAAUUCAGAGGAGUGCGUCAGAGGCCAUGGGGACGAUGGGCCGCGGAGAUCCGAGACCCGGAACGGAGGAAACGGGUCUGGCUCGGGACUUACGACACGCCUGAAGAAGCUGCUUUUGAAUACGAUAGAGCCGCCGUUAAAUUAAAGGGCCCUGACGCCGUUACAAACUUUCCCAAAGUUUCUGUGACGGAAACGGUCGUUGACGCACAAACGGAAAGCGAAGACCGAUCAAACGACGCCUCUUUGUCCCCCACUUCUGUGCUCCGUUACAGCUAUGAUUUCACGCAGCAAACGGAAAGCGAAGAACUACCAAACGACGCCGCUUUGUCCCCUACGUCGGUGCUCCGUUACGGCGAUGAUUUCACCCAGAUGACAGAAAACGAAGGUCUACCAAACGACGCCGCUCUGACACCCAAGUCAGUGUUCGGUUGUAACUACGACGCUGCUUUGACAACCAAGUCAGUGUUCCGUUGUAACGACGAUUUCACGUCGUUUGAUGGUUUCAGUUACGGUGACGUCGAUGCAUUCGGAUUCGGGUUCGACAUAGUCAUGCCAUUAAGUUUUUCGGAAAUCCCGAUGUCCGAGAAUUACUGCCCCGACGAUUUUGGCGAGUUUGACGUAGAUGAUUUCCUCGUUGAAGUCAGUCAUAUAAUCCAAUAA